AUGCUCAGUGCAACUGUAGGCAAUACACACAUAGAAUGUGCCUGUCAGAAGAAUUCUUUACAGUAUGGUGGUGCCUUAUCACCUUCACAGUAUGGUGGAACCCUAUCACCUUCACUGUAUGGUGGUACCCUAUCACCUUCACUGUAUGGUGGUACAUUAUCACCUUCACUGUGUGGUGGUACCCUAUCACCUUCACUGUGUGGUGGUACCCUAUCACCUUCACUGUAUGGUGGUACCCUAUCACCUUCACUGUGUGGUGGUACCCUAUCACCUUCACUGUAUGGUGGAACCCUAUCACCUUCACCAUGUGGUGGUACCCUAUCACCUUCACUGUGUGGUGGUACCCUAUCACCUUCACUGUAUGGUGGUACCCUAUCACCUUCACCAUGUGGUGGUACCCUAUCACCUUCACUGCAUGGUGGUACAUUAUCACCUUCACUGUAUGGUGGUACCCUAUCACCUUCACUGUAUGGUGGUACCCUAUCACCUUCACUGCAUGGUGGUACCCUAUCACCUUCACUGUGUGGUGGUACCCUAUCACCUUCACUGUAUGGUGGUACCCUAUCACCUUCACCAUGUGGUGGUACCCUAUCACCUUCACUGCAUGGUGGUACAUUAUCACCUUCACUGUAUGGUGGUACCCUAUCACCUUCACUGUAUGGUGGUACCCUAUCACCUUCACUGUAUGGUGGUACCCUAUCACCUUCACUGUAUGGUGGUACCCUAUCACCUUCACUGUAUGGUGGUACCCUAUCACCUUCACUGUGUGGUGGUACCCUAUCACCUUCACUGUAUGGUGGUACCCUAUCACCUUCACUGUGUGGUGGUACCCUAUCACCUUCACUGUAUGGUGGUACCCUAUCACCUACACAGUCUGGUGGUACCCUAUCACCUUCACUGUAUUGCGGUACCUUUAUCACGAAAUCCCAGGUGUCUUGGUGAAGAAUUGAUCUCUUGUCUUGGCUUACUAAGCUUGGGACAUCUUUAAGGAUGGUAAUUAUGAUUAAACUAGCAGCUGAAUCAGUGAUUAUUCCCGGACAGAGUUACUAACUGCCUUUAAUAGUAAAUGCUCCUGAAUACAGUCUUUUCUUGUUAAUUUAUGUACAUAUUAAGGUUUUCAUGAUAUUUAAUUCAUAAAGUCGAGACAAUUAAAAGAAAAUGAAGUUGGUGUAACUACAAUUGUAUUUUAGAUCCAAACGUUAGAGUAAUGGGGUUUGUUAUGCAAGGUAAACUUGGGAAAUAUGAGUACGAGCAAAAUCACAUGAAAGCUUUGUUCUCGAAAAUCACAAAUUGCACAUUUAAAUUGAAGUUAUCUUUUGAAAUCGGUUUGUUACUCUUGACCUUUACACCAAAGAAGCUAAUACAUGGUAAGAGGGUGUAAGUAAUGUCAAUAGAAUAAUUGACAUACCAGUACUAGUGGUACUAGAUUAAAUUCAAAGCAGGUUCAAACAAAAACUUUGAAAGAUUAAUUUCCCAAUUCAUUCAUUCAGUCAGUAGUGUGCUUUAUAAAGUUGUUCAUAAGACAUGCAUGAGUUUAAUAUGAAUGAUCGGUACAUAUUCUCAGUCAUUUUUAUCUGCAAAGUUGAAAUAUGAUCAUUUUACGUAAACAAGGUUUCUUGUUAAACAUUUCAAUGCAAAUUUGCAUAGUAUUAUGAAAGGAUCUGAUUUGGGUUAUAGGAAAGUUGAUCCAAAAAAUCUCAUUUCUUGAAAGAAGGACCGUUUGUUUGUAAGUAAUCCUACUGUACCUUUUUAGAAACAGCUUUAUGAAACAACAGACGGGCUUCUUGUACGCCCGCCCGGCGACGGAACGUAUUAUGGUAUCACGCUCAGUGUCCAUCUGUCUGUCUGUCCAUUAACUUUUCCUUGUAAACGUGAUAACUUCAGUUUAAUUUAAGCUAGGCUCAAAUAAUUUGGUGUGUUUGAUACUAGUGUGGAUCAAGGAAGCCUAUUGAUUUUGAAGUCGAAAGGUCAAGGUCAUAGAUGUGUUUUCAUCUUACCCUUCUGAAGUCCUUGUAAACGCGAUAACUUUAUUGUAUCUUAUCCUAGGCUCAUUUAAUUUGGUGUGUAUGAUACUCAUAUGGAUCCCAGAAAGCCUAUUGAUUUUGAGGUCAAAAUGUCAAGGUCGCACUGACAUGUUUUCAUCUUGCUCUUCUGAAGUCUUUGUAAACACAAUAACUUCAGUUUAACUUAACCUAGGCUCAUAUAAUUGAUUUUGAGGUCAGAAUGUCAAAGGUGAAGUCGCCACCUUCCACUUUUCUUGCUUGACCAAUAACACCAUUUUCCAUGUGACAGGCGGGUGCAUUAUGUGCUCGCCUGAAUAGCGACACUCGAUUGUCUAUGAUGUGAAAAUUAUGAAAUUGCAACUUGUAACUUGCACAGCAUUAUGAAACACCCACUGGGACAAAUUAAAUGGAUGUUGCUACUAAAUAAUGUUCCCUCUCAAGGUCAUAUGAUGACCUUAAUAUCAGAGCCAUAUGAAUGCACUAUUUUUGAUGGAUUUUAUAGAUUUAGCCUCACAUCUUCAGGGACUUUUCUAUUUCUUGAAAACGAGCCAUGGCAUUAGCGCUCUGUUGAUUAAAAAGGUUUCAUAGAAUUUGUAUUGUACUUACUAUUCAGGGUUCUGCAUUAAUUUCACAUACUGUGAAGGCUUAAUGUAUUUUUUAAAUAUUGUACAACCACAACAUUGGGUCAGAUGCAUAAAAAGUUCAAUUGCUGGAUAGCAAUUGCUUCAAGCACAAGAAAUUGCUAGCCAAGCAAAAGAUCAGGUCUGAGCAAUUGCUUUAUUUUAUAUGCAUAACCCUUUGCUUGUGCUUGAACACUUUUCUUGUACUCAGAAAGCAAUUGCUAGAGGUUUGAUCAAUAGCGACGUCAUGCUGGUGCAAACAUGACCCACAGAACAAAGACUGCACUCGAAUGCAGAGGUGUGCAGUACAAAAUACCGCUUCUCUCCUGUAACAUCUUUUCCUUAGACGUGGUGUAAAACUGUUCCUUUAACUUGUUUCCAAUUAAUAAAUUCAUAUAGUUUGCAUUUGGUUUUGCACUUUCUAGGAAGAAAACAUGUUCAUGUAGGCUACUGUACACCUUGGAGUUCUCUCUCAGGUACAUGAACAUGAUUUUAAAAUGCGAACGAUCAAUCAAACGCUGAAGCUGCUCUGACGGAGCUUGAAAAAACUGAAGCAUGCUUAAAAGAACAUGCUAAAUGUUCGCUUUAUGCAAACACUUUUUAGCAACAACUUAAUCAUCAAGUAAAUGCUACCAGGCAAUUAGCAAUUGCUUGAGCUUGAACCAAGCCUAGCAAAAGCAAUUGCUACUUUUUAUGCAUAUGACACCAUGUUCACUUCAUGAUACAGACAGUUAAUCCAAAAUAAAGUUAAAUGCAGUAGAAUUUAAUUCUUGUGUGAAUUUUUACAUUGUGGAUGACAAAUGCAAAAUAAAAGGAAAAUGAGAUACAAGUAUGUAUUAUUACACCCAAAGAUUGUCAUAGUUUUAUAGGUGAGGUAUUACAAGCAUGGCUUAUCUUCGCAGUGUGUUUUGUGAAUCUAAAAUACAGUAUAUUAUAUCAUACUCCAUUGUUAUUAAUAGAAAAUAUAAGAAACUUUGUAUUUGUGUAUUAUGUGUAUUUCAAAUAUAAAUGUAUUAAUAUACAAGUUAUUUAUGAUAAUAUGAUAUACAGUGUGAUAAAACAAUAGAUUUCUUUUUACAAGAA